UCCUGAUCACGCCUGGCCCCACUGUGCUCCACAGCCAGCCACCCGUCCUCAUCCCAGCGGGAGACCAGGUGCCCAGGCCGAGAGGAGCAGGGCAGGGCUGUGCAGGUGGGCAAGCAGCCUCGGGGCGCUGGGCAGACCGGCCCGCGGCUCCCACUCGCCGUGCCUCCCUGACACCAUGGUCGAGGGGCCUGACCGGCUUGAGGCCCAUGCGGCAAGGGCACGUGCGCCAUGUCUAGGACCAGACGAGGUCUGGCUGGGAAGGGGCUGGAGGCGUACUGCCUCGGCGGGGCCUCAGGGUGCCUUGGCUGUGGUAGCUGUGAUUUGAGUCCUUGGCAUUCUGGGGGCCCCUGCCUGAGAGGCUGUGGAUGAAGAACCCUGGGCACGGCCCCACCCGAAGGCUCCGGGCCUGGGUGGGUGCAGCGGGGGCAAUCCUGCUCAUGGCUCUCUGGCUGCUAUGGCUGCUGGGGUCGGCCCCUGGGGGUGUCCCGGUGCCUCAGCCCAAGAUCACUGUCCUUGUCUGGCACUGGCCUUUCACUGACCGGUCCCCGGAGCUGCCUGGUGACACCUGCACCCGCUACGGCAUGCCCUACUGCCCUGCCCCUGGCCCAGCGGCCACGUGGGCAGCCCUGGGUGUGGGCCUCCAUGGAGUCGCCCAGCCACACCCACGGCCUCGGCCGCCUCGGGGGCAUCUUCAACUGGGUGCUGAGCUACCGGCGCGACUCGGACAUCUUCACUCCCUACGGCCGCCUGGAGCCCCACCCAGGGCCUGCACCCCCACUGCCUGUCAAGAGCGGCAUGGCUGCCUGGGUGGUCAGCAACUUCCAGGAGCGGCAGCAGCGAGUCAGGCUGUACCGGCAGCUAGCACCUCACCUGCAGGUGGAUGUGUUCGGCCGUGCCAACAGGCGGCCGCUGUGCGCCGCCUGCCUGCUGCCCACUGUGGCCCGGUACCGCUUCUACCUGGCCUUUGAGAACUCGCUGCACCAGGACUACAUCACUGAGAAGUUCUGGCGCAAUGCGCUGGCGGCCGGCACCGUGCCAGUGGUGCUGGGCCCCCCGCGGGCUACCUACGAGGCCUUCGUGCCCCCCGGGGCCUUCGUGCAUGUGGACGACUUCCGCUCGGCCCGGGAGCUGGCCGCCUUCCUUCGCGGCAUGAACGAGAGCCGCUAUGGGAGCUUCCUGGCCUGGCGGGACAGGCUCCAAGUGCGGCUGCUCAGUGACUGGCGGGAGCGCUUCUGCGCCAUCUGCGCCCGCUACCCCCACUUGCCCCGGGACCAGGUCUACGAGGACCUCGAGGGCUGGUUCCAGGCCUGAGCCCUGCGGCAGGGAGGCAGCAUGGUGGAAGGGUUGGGUGUUGCAAUCAAACCACAGGCAUCCGGCCCCAGGGGCCACCAUCGAGCUAAAGUCGAGGCUGGAGUCAGAGGCCAGGAAGCACAUUCAAGGAGGAGCAGGCUGGGCCAGGGAGGCCACCUGGAAGAGGAGGCUGGUGGGCCCUGAAGCAGGCAUCUGGGGAGGCGGUCAGGGCAGGGUGCGUGCUGCCGAUGAGCCUG